UAUACAAAGACGCAAUUUAUGGUCGCACCGUUUCAACAAAGAGUCGUUUCCGGUUACGGGUUGGCAACAAAAUAGAAAAACGUUCAUCAAAAGAAGAAUUAAUUAAGAUCCGGCAGCAACAUGUUUCGAGUAAUGGGCUCAAUGAUGCCCUAUAGGAAUAGGGCCUUUGAUAUCUACAAACGCAACUUUAGCGAGGCAUCGGCUGUCGGAUUUCUUUCAGCAAUUUUGUUUACGGUUUUUUCGGAACCUGUCAAAAAUUUAGUGGACUUAGGAGAAAAAUGGAUGGAGCUUACAGGAAUCCCGUACCAAAUGAAUAUUGCGCUGCUGGGGUUUAUAGUUGGAUAUGGCACAACAAAGAUGUUUUUGCUAAUGAGGAUGCAGCUCUUCAAAAUGCUGCUUGCUUACCAAGGAUGGAUGUUCAACCCCAAAUCAGUCACAACACAGAUGUGGGCACUGAUGCUGGGCUUGCUACGGGGCAAUGGGAAAUACCCUACCUUCUACUUUGAAUCAUUACUUCCCCGUCUACCAAUCCCUGAACUGAACUCCACUUUAGACAAGUUCCUUGCCUCCAUGAAAGCCAUAAUGUCUGAUGAGGAAUACAUUGAACUUUUGACCAACACGGAGACCUUCAGAGUCAAAGAAGGGCCAAAACUCCAUGAGUAUCUCAAGCAGAGGUCGAUCAACAAGCGUAACUGGCUGGCAGAGUUCUGGUUGAACAUGGUGUACCUGGGGUGGAGGGAACCUUGUGCUGUGAAUGUGAAUUGCUAUGCGUUGGACAGGAAGGCCCAGCCCUCCACCAAUCAGCUUGCCCGGGCAGCCAACAUGAUCUACCAUGUCGUCAAGUUCUACCAAGAUGUGGUUGAUGAGACCUUGGUGCCGCAGUACAUGCAGGACAUGAUACCCAUCGCCAUGGACGGAUACAAGCGUACAUUCUGCACGGUACGAGUGCCAAAGCCGGGCCUUGAUGAGAUUGUGACCUACAAAGACCAGAAGCACGUGGUGGUGUACAGGAAGGGAGUGUUCUAUAGCCUCGAUGUCUUUAAGGCAGACGGGGAAGGCAAGGAGAUUCAAGUCUCCAUUCCCGAGCUGCAUGUCCAGUUACAGAGGAUCUGUGAACUCGCUGACGAAGAGAAAGACACGUGCCCUGUUGCUUUAUUCACUGCCCAGAACAGGGACUUCUGGGCAAAGGUCCGAGAGCGCCUCAUUGCUAUUGACGUGAACAGAGAAAGUAUACUGGCUAUUGACAGCUCCAUUGGGUUCUUUACCCUUGACGAGGAACGUCCCAAGGACAUUGACGAAGAAGCAAUGAACUCUAUGACAGGACAGGGCACCAACAGAUACUUUGACAAGGCCCUCCAGUAUAUAACAUACGCCAAUGGCAAGGUUGGGAUCAACGCUGAGCAUUCCUGCAGUGAUGCCACGGUGCCAGGCAGGAUCUGGGAGUACAUUCUCUCCAUGGAGACCUACAAGGAGGACGGCAGUGUACCGAAGGCACCCGACCACAUCAUCAGCAAGCUGAAACCUCCUGUCAAGCUGGAAUGGAAUCUGUCUGGCCUGGAGCCGGAGAUCUCUGAGUCCAUGGAACACUUCAAGAAACUGGCCUUCAGCUUUGUGACUAAGAGUGUGUUUGCUGACUUUGGGAAAGGGUUCAUCAAAAAGAAGCGACUUAGUCCAGAUGGUUUCCUGCAGAUGGCAAUACAGCUUGCAUAUUUCAAAAUGAACGGCAAAUGUGUGAAAACCUACGAGUCUGCGUCAACAAGAAUGUUUUCUGACGGCCGCACCGAGACAAUCCGCCCUGUGACAGAAGCCUCCGUGGCCUGGUGCAAGGCCAUGUCUCUCAUCAAGGGGACGACACGGGAGCAGAAGAUCUUGCUGUUGAAGCGGGCCAUCAACGCGCAGACCAAGCUGAAGAACGAGGCCGUGGUGGCGAUGGGGUACGACAGACAUAUGUUUGGGCUGUACGCUUGCUGCAGAGAGAUGGGAAUGGAGGUGCCAGAAAUAUUCAAGAACAAGUACAUGUUCAUGCUUGACAUAGUGAGUACAUCCCAGACUCCGACCCAGUACACAGACAUAUGGAGGGAAGAGUCAUCCUGCCUCGGGGGAGGCUUUGCGACUGUCAACCCAGAUGGCUACGGCAUCUCCUACAUCAUUGUCGGAGAGGACUUGAUCUUGUUCCAUGUGAGCAGUAACAAGUAUUCAACAGAAACGUCGUCACACAAGAUGGCAGAUGCCAUUCUGGAUUCCAUGAAUGAGAUGCGCGAAUUGCUGAACUAGGCUGGACCCCUGGAACACCAUAAAUGGGAACCGGCCGGGUUGAAAAAGCAACAAGGGUUUAAUAAGCAAAUAGACAAUUUUAUAUUUUAAAUGCUCAGAUGGAAACAUACACUGAGAUUGUGUUGUCAUCAGUUACAAUUUGAUGUUAGCAAUUUGUAUCUUACAUUUACUGACAGUUGUUAAAACAAUAUUUUCACCUUUAUUUAAUAUUUUUACUAUAUUUUUAAAUAAGUAUUUUAGUAAAUAAUAUUUCUAUAUAAAAAAUCAUAUCUGCAAUAUUUAUACCAUACAUAAUACAAAUAUGAACACUCUUCAUUGGUACCUUUUGUUUUCUUUGUAUUCACAUUUUCACCUUUUAUUUAUUUUAUAUAUAUAUAUGUAUGAUAUAUAUCUUAUAUAAUAUUGUGUCUGUGUCAAUUCUCAAUAAAACAGCCUUUGGAAAUUCUAUUUAAUAUAAAAUCUGGGUUAUUUUUAAUUAUGAUGUAUGUAUUUAUUUUACACCAGAGUGUACACAUAUGUUUCCAUAGUAUUGCUACUCAACAAGUUUUAAAUACUCCAGAUGAAUCUCUGUAGGUUAAAAUAAAUCUGUGCUAGUAUUUUAAUGGUACCUACUCUUUUUUUUGUAAACAAAUAUCUAGUAAUAUAUUGAGUGUUUUCCCUUUUCAUUUGCUCACUUCCAUCAGCUCUUGUGUUACCAUUGUAAUGAUAUGUAAGUUAUCCGAGGUAAGGUAGGACAGUUGUUAGUUACUAGCAUAUAUGCACUAAGUAUAGGUACACCAGAUAACCGUUCACCACAUAGAUGUGUUUUUUGCUGUACCUUAGAAAGUUAGAUAAGAUUCAAGUUUUAAAGGCUUACUUUCAAACCCUUUGAGCAGCAAACAGCAUAAAGCCUGAACAGAUGUGUGUUACUCGCAGGCUGUUCUGGUUUUAUGCUGUUCGCACAUAGCCAUUUAAUCAUUGCCUCCUAGUGGGUAAGGGUUAACUGACCUCCAUAUCACGACUAAAAUACUGAUGAAACUUCAAGGUAACCAACGAAACAAAACAAAUGCAAGCAAUUUGUACAUUGGAAAUAUUAAAUAAAACUAGUAAUCUUGUAAACCGAAAAACCUCACCUUAAUUUUGUCCAAUGAACAUGCAUGCAUUGUUUUAAAAAUUGCUUUAAAAUAUUAUAUGAUAAAUUUGAGGAAUCUAAAAAAAAAAUAUUUGUACUGAAAUAACUUGCAAACAUAUUUGACAGUGACACAUGUACAUUGUAUGUGCCUGCAUGUUGGAGCUAAAGUAUUCUCAGAAUUUGAAUUGUGAGAAAAAUUAAGGAGGCAUUUUGAAAUACCUCCAAUCAAUUCACUGAUCUUUGUGAAUUUAAAUAGGGCAAAGAAAGUUUUGAUUUAUUUGAAACAGAAUGAACAAAAUAACAAUUUUUAAACCUGCAGUAACAAGCUGUGAGGAAAAGUGUUCCAACAUUUAUAGAAAUGUGAGGAAACCGUUCUGGAGCUUUGUAUGCCUACAGUAACAAGCUGUGAGGGAAAGUGUUCCGACAUUUAUAGAAAUGUGAGGAAACCGUUCUAGAGCUUUGUAUGCAAAUGGGCCGCACUCUGGACAAACGGGGCUUCAUGGAUGUGCCAAAAGUCAUCCCAGGUAAGCCAUUGCAGUAUACACAGGUUGCUCAGGGACAACACUUUCUGCUUGUAUGGUAUUUUUUGUUUAAAGGAUUGUGCAUGUGCGUAAAGUGUCGUCCCAGAUUAGCCUGUGCAGUCCGCACAGGCUAAUCAGGGACGAAACUUUCCGCUGAAAUGGUAUUUUCCAUUAAUAGGAAGUCCCUUUUUACGGAAAAUCUAGUUUAAGCGGAAAGUGUCGUCCCUGAUUAGCCUGUGCGGACUGCACAGGCUAAUCUGGGACGACACUUUCCGCACAUUGAUUAUGACCAGCUUUCACAAAACAAGACACGAUUGUAGGGAAAUUCAGUUUAGGCGGAAAGAGUAGACUCUGAUUAGCCUGUGUGGACUGCAGUGGCUAAUCUGGACUUUACUUAAAGAACUUGCAUUAAGCCCCAUUUUGCCAGAAUGUGGCUCAAAUGUAUUGUUUUGUUCAUUGUAUCCAUUUUUAUUUUCAGCAUUUCAAUUUGAACAUUAAAUUAAUUAAAUCUUGGACAUGUGUAAUUGUUUUGAGUGUUCUUAAACAUAAACCAGUUUGAUAUUAGAAGCUUUUUCAUUUGAUUUAAUAGCGGUGUGUUGGGUUUAGAUUUUGUUUGAUGUUGUUUUCACAAAAUGCACACGUGUACACUGUUAUUUCUGGUUUUAAUAUAUUCCAUAAGCUGAUCUUGAGCAUGCCCUGCUUGAGGCUUAAUUAAAGUUCUCCUUGAAUGUGUGUAAGAUUAUUAUUUUAUAGUCUAGUUUGUAAUAUUCUACUUGGCUUGCUUUGUGUUUUAAAUGUAAUUGAUAAUUUAAUAAUUGCUUCUUGUAAUUUUGCAUGUUUUACAAUCAAUGGCCAUACCUUGUGAUACUUGACUGAUGACUGUUUUUUUGCAUCCAUUUUGGCAGUAUUGUAAACUUUUUUGUUUUAUGAACUGUUACUUCAACCAAAUUUGCAACAUUUAAAACCUCAAUUAUGUCUGUUUCCAUAGUUAUUUCUGCUUUUAAUGUAUUUUUCUUUAAAAGGAAGUCUCUUCUUAGCCAUUAUUGAGUUUAGGCGGAAAGUGUGGUCACUGAUUAGCCUGUGUGGACUGCACAGGAUAAUCAGUGACCACACUUUAUGCACAUUCAUUAACCCCCAUUUUUCCAGAGCAAUUCUCAAUGAAAAGUAGUAUUGAAAUUGCAUAUUUUUGUUGUCACUCUGUAUUUGUUGUUUCUCUUUUGUCAUAUUCAUUGAAUUGUUGUUAUAUUUUUUAAUUCUCUCAAUGUUUACCGAGUGAUGAUUGAUUAUGAGUAUAUGUUGUUUGUUUCUGUUUAUGUUACAGUUUCUAAUGAUGAUAAGCAUAUGUGUUUAUAAUUUUACGUAUCAGGCAAGCUUGAUUUCUUAUUUGAUGAGGUUUUUAUUGUUUUAUAUUUUGCUUAGCGGACCAAGAUUUUGUUAAUGAUAUAAUGAGGCUAGUGUUUUCACAUUCAAUUAUAAUGUAUAUUAAUAUAAAACCUUUUUAUUUAAUCUUGAUUGCAUCAAAAGCCCAAGGCCUUAUGACAUGCUCUCAGAGUCAGUUUUCUGGGUAGAUUCAAUACUUGGUAUCUUUUGGGUAUAUUUAAAGAACGCCCCCAAAGUCGGGAUCGAACCACUGACCACACGGUUGUUGAGUAGUCACCAUAUCCCCUACACCACACCAGCAUCAUAAUUAAAUUAUGAAUCUUUAUACAACUUACACAAAUAUUGUUAGCUUUGCCAUGAAUUGUUGCAGAUCUGAGCACAAAUUCACCAACCCAUUCUUUAAGUAUUGAGAACUGACUACUACUCUGGCAACAUAACAUUUAAUAAUUGCAUUUUAACAAAACAGCAACCAAUUGUCAGCUAUAAUAAUGCUUGAAAUAUUAAUUAAUACAAAGAACAAUUAAAAUUAAUAUCUGUCAUAAAAAAGUAAUUUGAAAUGUAUUUUUUUAUUCUUACUUGUCACAUGUAAGUCUAAGAAUUGGUUGGAUAAUGGUGACCUUCAGCUUUCUGAAACAAUUACAUGUAAAAAUAUUUUUGCUGGGCCACACUCGAUAAAUGCAAGUUGUGAGGAUUUCAAAUUUGAAGAACAGUGUCUUGAUUAUAUUUUUUUUUAAGACAUGUUGCAUAUCUACCUUAUAUGUAAUGAUAAGUUUUUAUAAAAUAUCACGAUUGAUCUUUAUCGAAAAGCUAUAGUUUUGCUUAGAUUCAUUUCAUUAUAGCUUACAGUGUUUAACCAUUUUCAACUUUGUUAUUCAACUGUAUUCAGCAUUGAAGGGUGUUUGCUGUGCUUCAAUAUAUAUUGUUCGACAUAAGCACUUUUGAUUUAAAUAUUAUUGCUAGCAGUGAUAAUGUAAUGCUAUUUGAUGUAAUCUGUAGUAAACUUUAAUAAAAUCUAGAUUAAA